ACCGCCCGCGCAUCAAUCAUCUCUCGCGCGCUCGCGUCCGCACAACCCGCCCGUAAUCUCCUGACGUCCAAUCCUCACCUGGCCGAGCAGCCUCAAUUGGCUCUCCCUCUUUCUUUUUGACUUGCUCGCCGUCCUUCCCUUCGAUCCAACCCUCCGUCCCUCGUUCUUCCAUGCCCUCGUUCUUUGCUCCUUCUCAGUCGCUCGUUUCCCAUGCUGAGGGUGACGGUGUUGGCAAUGUCGAGCGUCGUCUAGAGUCGCAGCCUGCAGCGCCCUCUCCGUCCGCUUUUCAUGCUUUUUGUCCUGUCUUCAUUUUACUUUGCUGCUCCCUCCAUUUGUUCUGUUCCCCACCCCAUGAACAUAAUUUAAUGUCUUUUCAUGCUCACUAAAACAUCUUGUGGCAUGUUCGUCCCCACCUCGAUCCUUCUGCUCGCACAAUGUCGGAUUGUUCGCCCGACCGACUGUCGAGAAUACCGACUCUGACGCCCUCCUCGCCGAAGCGGCGACCGCUCGCCCAGCGCUCCGACUCCGAGUCCAACUCGGCCAGCGCGUCGACCAUCCGCCUUGUCUUCGACGAGCGUUCCAAUGUCUAUUCCAAGUCGCCCUUCCCCACCCACCCUUCGCACGUCCUACCGCCUAGGGUUUCCAAACUACAUCCUCUGCGCUAUGCACCAUUUGUCGACAAGGAUGUUCUCGUUUCAGAUGACAAUGGCCCGGCCAAUCGUUCAACCACCAAACUCGUCAAACACGAUGCGCCGGAAACAAAGCCUCAGCAGCCGCGGUGGCCGAAUCGCACCUCCAUUUCCACCAACCUUUCUGACCCAGACACCAGUACCCUAACCGCUACCACACUGACCACCAACGACACCCUCCUCACCACCCCUUCAUCUAGCCGGCAAUCUUCGAGGACGACUCCCCCGUCUUCGCCGGGAGAGCCGAGCUUCUGCGAGGAGAGAGAAAGUCGUUUGGAACCCGUGCAUGAAGAAACCGUUCUGGAAAGCCCAAGGACCAAGCCUGUCAAUCGACCUACAAUUCGUGCCGUCGCUCCUUCAGGCUCUGACGAACGUCUGCCACUGCGUGCAAAACGCUCGGAAACAUCGCUCGCCUCUGCUUCGUCGGUCGACACACUCCCUGCUUUGCCACAUCACCUUCAGCAUUCGAGCUCGCCGUCCUCUGCGAACUUCGAGGUCUUUGCCCAUUCUUCCUCCGACAUCUCGCUUCCCGCUGGCAGGAGCAAGCCCUUGGAACCCUCACCUGCUCCUUCGAUACACUCAAAGCCCAUACAUGACAACGCGUCUCUCGAGUCUCUUGUCCUCAACGACAGCCACGCCAGUUCGAAUGCAGAUCGCCCCGCGUCUGCCUCGUCUCCUUCCGGGCCAGGCUCCCGUGCUUCAGCCUCUUCUCUCGUGCAGACCGCAGUCGCAAUACAGUAUCCAGUCGUGAAACCUCCUUCCACAAGUGGUUCGUGGGCGGAGGUGUCCAGUCCUUCACCAAGCACUACCACGGCUACAACCCCAGCGCCGCGAAUGCGUGACGACCCCUACCGUCCUUUGCAAUGGGGUUCCCGUCUCUCUACAAUUGCCUCCGAAUCGGAGCGGUCGCACUCACAUUCGAUUUCAACAGACAGUGCUCGACGUACCCGAAGACGCAGGACUAUCGGCAGCCUUACAUCUGGUGAGCAUGUAAGCUCACUUAGCGAUGCGCGUUCUAGCGAAUGGGAAUAUGGCAGCGGCGUCCUCACCGGAACGGAGAGCAAUAUUUCUAUCCCUAUACCCCAGCCGCUGUUCUCGCCGCGGCCGCUUCCUUCCGUUCCCGACGAGAGGGUCACGGCUCGAGAUUCGGACGAGAGAGAGGACACCGUGGGAGAGCUUCAAUCACCCUAUUUGAGACCACAGAGGUCCGGCGUUCUCACGCGCUUCUCGUCCAAGUCAAGUCUCCGACCAAGCUCAUCCGACAGCACGAAAUCGCGGAGCUCACAAAUCAGCUUCAUUGGCGAGCUGCUGUGGGCUCGGAGGUACUAUAGCAGCGGUGAGCCACCGAAUAUGAUCGCCCGAAACAACUCAUUCAUCUCCGAGACUAGCAGCACGCCACGUCUGAAUACUGCGACUAGCGGCGUCACGUCGAGUCCGAUUAGUGAUACGGUUCCCACAAGCAUUUGGCGACCCCGAAAUAGACCACGCAACAGCCCCGACCAACAGGAGAGACGUUUGCGGCAGGAGACUCGGCGCAUCCAUCGACCACAGCACACACAACAUUCUGUUGCGAUUACGGAAGAGACAGAUUUGUCUGAUGAGCAGGUCCGUCGAAGGCGGCGAAGCCUCAGUGCUCCUGACCUUACCGUGCAUGAAAUGAUGUAUUCUCCUCAUCUUCGAAGGGACCGUAGACAGACGCAAAGAUACAGUGCUUGGGCUGCUCCUUCAUUCGAUGAACCAUUCGGGAAAACAAUGUUCGGUCCGAUCAACAGGCAGGUCUUCUGCUUCGCACUUGGGUUCAUCUUCCCCCCCGGUGAGUUGUUCACAUUGCUGAUGAUGACUCUUUCCGGUCUGACCGUGUCUGCAGCAUGGUGGGUCGCUGCGCUCCUACCCUUACCCAACCGACCCGACCCAGAAAACAUUCCGAAUAUGACUGAACUCUCUGAACGAAUCCCGCCAUCUACGGCGAAUAUGUCUGAAGUCUCGCUCGAAGAGAAGCGAUGGCAGAAAGCGCAUUGGUGGCGCCGUGUCAACCGCGUACUCGGUCUAUUCGGCAUCCUUCUCGUCGCAGCGAUAAUUGUUCUCGCCCUCAUUGGCACCAAGAAGGACGGUUUCUCGUCUGGAAUCGGCAGUUCUCCAAUAACCGUUCCGACAUCUGGCUCCUCUUGAUCACCACGCUCAUCCUUAACGUACCUUUGGCCCUCAAGAAAUUGCAACUUCAAGCGUACCAUUUUGCUUUCACGAAUUCUGCGCUUUGCUCGAUUUCACGAUUUCACGACGGAAGAAUAACGAGUAUUCGACCUAUGUCUAUCUAACGCCUUGGCCUUCUCUUCAUUUGUCGAAAAAGCUCUUGUCGACUUGGAGCUCACCGCCCACAGACUGACAUUUUGUUUUCAUUUGUGCAAACCAGGACAUAUUGGAUCUCCGUAAUGUUCACGUAAUCACAACCGAUUGGGACAUAUAGAUGAUAUACGGUACAUGUAUGAUACAUCCGUUCUGUUUCUCGUUCUUGCUUUUGUACCAAAAAAAAAGAGAAAAGUUGGGAACAGUUGUGAACUGAAUGGAAUAUAUUACGGCUCAAUCCUCAUUGAGCGUUUGAGGGGACUCCUAGGGAUCACGGUUCCACCCAAUUUUCCUGCUUUUGUAUUUUAUUUCUUGCUCCCACAAAAUGGACGAGCAGCUGUUCGCCUAUGACAGUGGUUGGACGUAGUGGCUUGUAUCACGAGCGCAAUUUAUGAUUUACGUCAAAAACGUCUGUAUCAUCGAGAGAAAAUUUUCACAUUGGUCUAGAAAAGUUUAGGCCAUGCUCGAUGUGGAAGGCUUUGGCUGUUCACAAAUUCAGAUGCGGAGCACGAUACAAAAGGAGAGGAGACCUCUAAUUGAUUCCAGAAAAUCAAUGCGAGCCUUGGGCAAUCGAUCAACCUGAUGCAAAGUUCGUACUCGGCUAUUGCAUCCUUCGCAGAAGGAUCUGUCACUUUGUGGGGGCAAGGACCCAGCAUGAUGGUCAAAACAAAUAGGAGCGAGGCAAAGCCUCCGUGAACCCAAAUGCGCACAUAUUGAGAUCAUGAUCUUAGCAUCUAUGUCCACAUGGGCGCAGUUUCAUCGACUUUCGAUCUGUGGAUGGACGACUAUCUCUAGUCAUGUCGAAGAUUCGCUGGUUUGUCCGCCUUAUAUGCAGGUACGAGCUGCAACGUAGCUGCAACGUCGCUGCAUGCCAAGUGGGGAGCUGUCCUUUUUUGGCAAAAUUUCUGCGUGGCCUUUUUUUCUGCAUAAAUCUCUGGGGGUAGGGGGAGCGGAAGGUUUGGAAAGAGGAUCCGGGGUAUGUAAUAAAGACGCUAUUCAUUCUGUGCAACGCGAGGUGGCAAAAGAAUGCCGCCUUAUAGGUUUUGCUCUAGUGGGCUCAUAUAAGUAGGUUUUGUUCGCCACGGACCAGUUUGCCAUCUGUGGAAGGCAUGCGGCGAACUGAUUCAUGUCCUACGACGGCUGAGGGAGCGGGGCGGAACAUGUCCCGAUAAAAUUACUUGUUAAUUCAAAGUUUCCAAGUCGAUGCUGGUACUUGCUUGCGCGCAGCCAGCAACCAUUUCAUUCGAUGAAAAAAAAAAAAAAAAAAA